AUGCCCUCAGUUAACAUUUCACUACCAAAAGGAAAGAUUGAAGGUCCAGAUGUUGAAAUAGAGGGAGGUACCGGAGGAAAGUUCAAAAUGCCUCACAUGAAAAUGCCAGAUAUUGAUAUCUCUCUGCCCAAAGGAAAGAUCGAAGGCCCAGACGUUGAAAUAGAGGGAGGUACCGGAGGAAAGUUCAAAAUGCCUCACAUGAAAAUGCCAAAUGUUGAUAUCUCUCUGCCCAAAGGAAAGCUCGAAGGCCCAGACAUUGAAAUAGAGGGAGGUACCGGAGGAAAGUUCAAAAUGCCUCACAUGAAAAUGCCAAAUGUUGAUAUCUCUCUGCCCAAAGGAAAGAUCGAAGGCCCAGACAUUGAAAUAGAGGGAGGUACCGGAGGAAAGUUCAAAAUGCCUCACAUGAAAAUGCCAGAUAUUGAUAUCUCUCUGCCCAAAGGAAAGAUCGAAGGCCCAGACGUUGAAAUAGAGGGAGGUACCGGAGGAAAGUUCAAAAUGCCUCACAUGAAAAUGCCAAAUGUUGAUAUCUCUCUGCCCAAAGGAAAGAUUGAAGGCCCAGACGUUGAAAUAGAGGGAGGUACCGGAGGAAAGUUUAAAAUGCCUCACAUGAAAAUGCCAAAUGUUGAUAUCGCUCUGCCCAAAGGAAAGAUUGAAGGCUCAGACAUUGAAAUAGAGGGAGGUACCGGAGGAAAGUUCAAAAUGCCUCACAUGAAAAUGCCAGAUGUUGAUAUCUCUCUGCCCAAAGGAAAGAUCGAAGGCCCAGAUGUUGAAAUAGAGGGAGGUACCGGAGGAAAGUUCAAAAUGCCUCACAUGAAAAUGCCAAAUGUUGAUAUCUCUCUGCCCAAAGGAAAGAUCGAAGGCCCAGAC